AUGGGGGGGAGAGAAAUACCCAUUCCCAAAGCACUCAAACGUCUUUUUUAUUCCUGGACAACUGGAGAUCGCCUGCAGAAAAAGGACGAAGGAGACUCGCUCGUUACAGCCCUAGUAUCAGAACAUGUUCGGGAUAAUGGGGGGAGGAGGGGGGGGGGCCUCCGAGCACCCGGCAAGCGGAGCGGCGGCCACCUUCAACCCCGGAUUCAGUUUCCGGGCACAGAAAUGGUGCCCGGAGGCCGCUACUUUCGCAUCUGCGUCGCUUCUGCCUCCGCCGCCGACACGGCCUCCCUUCCCCUCCCCCACGGGCGGGGCGACGACCGGGAACCAGGGCCGCAAACAAGCGGGGGGCCCGGCGGGGGUGGGCUUCUCACCCUGAAACCACCUCUGCAGAAGCCCACUGCCCCGCUCCGCGGCGUGGCGCCCGAUCGGCGCGCUCCCGGGGGCUGCGGCGGAUGGGGUCCCGCCGAGCAGCCUCAGCCUAGCAAGCCCCGGCCCCACCUGUGCCCUCCUCUGCACCACGCGCGCGGGUCAUCGCCCUCCCCACGCAGCCUCCCGCUCACCUUGCAGGAAAAGGGCUCGGCUCCGCACACACGCAAACGCACUCUCGCUGGCGUAGGCAGCCGCCGAGAACAAUGUUUCUGCCGCAGCAGCAGCAGCAGCAGCACCACCACCACCACCACCACCACCACCACCACCCAGGACACCGAGCGCACACAACUGGACGGUUGCCGCGAGCCGCGGAGCGGAGCGAAAUGUCCCCUGCCGACCACCACACCGACCGCCCCUCUCGGCCCCCGUACACACCUCCAACCAACAGCGGCGGCGGGCACGUCGCGCGGAGGUCAGGCGUGUCGCGGGAUCGGCCGCGGCAGAGUCUCCUCCCUCAACAAGCCUGCGGCUUCGGGAUCGGCGGAGAGCGGCGAGCUCGGGCCCCUCAACGCCACCUCGUCCCCGGAGCCUGGGCGCUGCUGCAGCGAGCUACAAGACCACGGACGUCCCGCCCCCUUCGCCGCCGCCCCCUCUUAUUGUUUUACCCCUGCCGAAAGGGCCGGGGAACCCCCCAGAACAAGGCCAGCCAAUCAGGCAUCACUUUGGAGAGCUGGACCCAACCUUCUCGCGUCCCUUCUGCGGAGCACGCGCAGAACGGCGCCGCGCUCGCGCACCCGGGCGUCCGGAAAGCCGGGGAAGCGGAACCGGCCUCGAGCCCGGGGCGAGGGCCCGCUGCCUUGACGUCACAAGGAAGCCGCCUGUCUCGGGCCGUGAUGCUGGAGCCUCCCUUGCCCCUUUCGGGUGGCGCGAACGAGAAAGCUGGCUCCCCGCUGAGCGCAUUUACAAGCGAAGGCUCAAAGGCUUGAAAUUAAAAAAAAAAAAAAAAAAAAGUCACUAUUACAGAUUUAGGCCUCUGGGA